CCUCAUUCCUCCCCAUUUUAUUUGUUUGGUCUUUUUCUUCCAAUGCUCCAAUCGCACACAAUGCCACAGCUAGUCCCCAAUGUUUUCAUCCAAAUCUAAACCCAAACCCCAUUGAAAGAAGACUAUUUCUCUUUUCCCUGACUCAAAAAUUCAAAAACUUCAAAACCAGGGCCUCAUUUCUUCUCCCCUCUUCCUUGUUCCCCUUCCCCUCCUUUACCAAAACAUUCAAAACCCUAAAUCCAUGAUAAAGGAAAGACGCUUUGCCCCUUCUGUCCUCUGCCUUCUAUUUUCCUUGAUGAUCUGACCAGUCAUUUUGGUUUUUCUCAUCGAGUUUGGUCCGCAAUGUCGGACGACAUGUUAUUACAUUUCUCUUCCAACUCCUCAAACCAAUCGGACCAUUCUUUGCCCACCAAGAUUGCAAAGCUCGAAGCUCGCUUGGUAGGCAAGGCCUCUUCGGCAACUGCUUCUCAGCAACCGCCGCUGCCGCAACAACAGCAGCAGCAGCAGCAGCAACCGCCGGCUUGGUCUUCUUUAUCUUCGGCUUCAAAAUUCCCUUCUGCUGAGGACUUGCCCGACGCUUCUAGUUCAAGUGAUUCCGAUGACGAGAAUGGAGGAGAGUUUUUAAUACAAGCCAAUACUCUGAAGCGCCAGAAAGUUCAAAAAGAUGAUAACUUGCCUGUGUUUGAACAUGUUGAGGCAGUUGCAGAAGGGAGGCAGAAGAUUGUGGAAGCCAUGGAGUCCAAGGCAAGUUCUGAUGGAAAUAGGAGAAAACAAGGCCGUGGAAGGGGCCAUUCUGUUUCAAGCAGAGGCCGUGGUUCUAGAGCUAAUGAUCAGACAAGACAACCAAUCUCUAGUUCUAUACUAUCACCUUCAAAUGGUCAGCUUGAGAACUCAUAUCAUAAGGAUAGUAGGCCUAAAGAGCAGUUUCGGACUGAUGACCGAAUUUCAGUAGAGGAAGAGAUGACAUCUUUACGUGCAAAAGUUGCUGCAUUGGAGGAGGACCUACGGAAAUGUCGUCAAGAAGCUUCUGACUAUCAAAAUCUUUGCCGGCAACUAGAAAAGGAAUUGAAAGAUAUUAAAGAUUAUGACCAGCAAAUGAAGCCAAAGAGAACAAAAAUGAUAGCUGAUCUGCUGAUAGCUGUUUCAAAAGCUGAGAGACAGGAGGCUAGGAUGAAAGUACGGCAGGAUUCGUUGAGACUCGGGAAUGUGGGUGUAAUCAGAGCCGGAACAGUCAUAUCUGAGACAUGGGAGGAUGGGCAGGCACUGAAAGAUCUAAAUGCUCACCUUAGACAAUUGUUAGAAGCCAAGGAGGCUGUUGAACGGCAGAGGAAACAAUUGAAGAAGCGACAAUCUGACAAGGGUGAUGCGACUGAUGCAGAACCAGGUGCACAAGAAGAAGAUAUUUUAAUCCAAGAUGAGAUAUACAAAUCACGUCUAGCCAGUAUUAAACGUGAGGAGGAAAGUAUUCUCCGUGAAAGAGAUCGCUAUGAACUAGAUAAGGGAAGGCUUAUACGUGAAAUGAAGCGCAUUCGAGACGAGGAUGGUUCCCGUUUUAACAAUUUUCAGAUACUUAAUAAUCGAUAUGCCCUUUUAAACCUUCUUGGCAAAGGAGGAUUCAGUGAGGUUUAUAAGGCUUAUGACUUGGUAGAGCAUAGAUACGUUGCAUGUAAGCUUCAUGGUCUGAAUGCUCAGUGGAGUGAGGAAAAGAAGCAAAGUUACAUACGGCAUGCAAUUCGAGAGUACAACAUUCACAAGACAUUGGUGCACCAUCAUAUUGUUCGGCUUUGGGACAUUUUUGAGAUUGACCAGAAUACUUUCUGCACUGUCUUAGAGUACUGCAGCGGCAAAGAUCUCGAUGCUGUAUUGAAGGCAACACCUGUACUGCCCGAGAAAGAAGCUAGGAUUAUCAUUGUUCAAAUAUUUCAAGGCCUUGUAUACUUGAAUAAAAAAGCACAGAAGAUUAUACAUUAUGAUCUGAAGCCUGGUAAUGUUCUGUUUGAUGAGUUAGGUGUAGCAAAAGUGACUGACUUUGGUCUUAGCAAAAUAGUAGAGGAUGAUGUUGGUUCUCAGGGUAUGGAACUCACAUCCCAGGGAGCUGGAACUUAUUGGUACCUGCCCCCAGAAUGCUUUGAGCUCAGCAAAACACCUCUGAUUUCAUCAAAGGUGGAUGUUUGGUCUGCUGGUGUUCUAUUUUACCAAAUGCUUUUUGGUAGACGCCCCUUUGGGCAUGACCAGACUCAAGAACGAAUAUUGCGUGAAGACACAAUUAUCAAAGCACGCAAGGUUGAAUUCCCAUCAAGACCUACUGUCUCCAAUGAGGCAAAGGAUUUGAUUCGUCGAUGUCUAACCUAUAACCAAUCAGAAAGGCCGGAUGUUUUGACUAUAGCACAGGAUCCAUAUCUUACAUAUUCAAAGAAGUAAAAAAAAAAAAAAUUGUACACAUACACAGCUAAAGGGGCUCAAGAAGAGCAGGAGAAUAGAAAAUUUCCUUUUGAAUUAUUUUGGAAUAUCCUCAUGGAAUUUUGUAUAGGUUGUAAAGGUUUUGUAAUUAUACCCUGCUUGUUUUGACCUGACAAUUUAGUUUAUUUUUUUGGUUAUCGUUUAACUUCGAUUCAUUUUCUUUUGUUA